AUGAGAGGCUUCGAUGGAGCUUGUCGUCACGGUCUGGAGUUCCGGUAUGAAAAGCGUCGAUGGCCUCAUACUAGUCAGAAACUAGAACAACAGUUCCAGGUCGGCUGGUGUUGCGUAGAUCGAAUCCAUUAUGCACAGCCCUUCCAGCUGGCAGUUUCUAAGCGAAUCAAACGUGUCAAUCUUCGCUAUAUCAGUCGGUCGACAUGCCGUAUAGGGGUAUUAGAGUCCACCUGGAUACUGAGCCAAGAGAGCCCAGAGCCCUUUCAUCUGCUCGAUUACCGCCGGGUAAUAUCAAGUAAUAUAAGAAUGGUUCAAUCUGUGCCGGAGAAGGGCUUGGGUGUAGAACAGGGAUGCGCCAUUGUCCUUGGUGAAACACAGCAAUCGAACAGACCAGCGCUCCAUUCAGGGUCCAUCGGUGGACUGAUUGCUCAGAAUAUGAAGCUAAUGAAAUGGUCUCCGUGCUGA